AGUCGACCCCUUCACUUGGCGACCAAUCGAAACACCAGCGUAGAGGUACAAACUACGGCUUCGGCGCUGUGCCCCCUUCGCUGGGGACAGCGUUUGUCAUCAGGGCCCACUUGUACGACAGGAUAGUUAGCAAUGUCGGUGACGGUUUCUCCGCGUGCAACUUCCUGGCUCUGACGCCCGUCCUUCGACUGGCAAGCAUGUCUCGGCUUCACACAUAGCAUCUUAGAAAGUAGUGUACCUGUAGCAAGAGUGACCAUGUGGAAGCUAUCGGGCACGCCAACGUCCAAAGAUCCCCCACCUGUAUCCUGGACGCGUCCCUUCGUCCGCAAGAGGUGAGGGAACGCUUCCUAUCCCUUCAUCCCUUCCGGUGUCCUGACAUGUCCUGGCAUGCACCCCGAAGAUUGUACCACCACUAGCACAUCAUGGGGAAUGGCAUGAACAAGGUCUUGCCCGGUGUCUACAUCGGCAAUUUCCGGGACUCAAAGGACCCCGAGCAACUCCGAGCCAACAACAUCACCCACAUCAUCUCCAUUCAUGACACUGCGAGGAAACUACAUGAGGACAAGGAGUACCUCUGCAUCCAAGCAUCGGACACACCCGGACAGAACCUGACUCAGUUCUUUUCUCAGUCCAAUGAUUUCAUCCACAGUGCAAGGUUCAAUGGGGGCAAUGUGCUUAUCCAUUGCCUUGCAGGUGUCUCAAGAAGCGUCACUAUCGCCGUAGCAUAUGUCAUGUCCGUGACGAGCCUCAGCUGGCGGGAGGCCCUCAAGGCCGUCCGCGGCGCGAGAAGUAUUGCCAACCCAAAUUUUGGCUUCCAGAAACAACUCCACGAAUUUGAAUGCAAGAAGCUUUAUGAGGAGCGAAAACGUUUGCGGCAGAAGUUCUCCCGAGAGAGUUUCUACGAUGAUGAGCAGGAAUGUCGCAAACUCCUGGUCGCUUACCAUAACUCAGUGCGUCCGCUGGAGCCCUGUGCAAGUAUAUGCCGCCGAGGACCAGGUCUUACCCCUCCAUCAUCUCCUCGCCGGCGCCGGCGCAGUCCUUCACCAUCAACAUCGGGUUCUUCCCAUGGAACUUCCUCCUAUUCGAGACCACCGUGACUUAUUGCUUAGCACGCUUGUACGUGUACCCCAACAGAUUAUGAUUCCAUCAUGCCAGAGCAACUGAACGAAUGCUCAGGAACACACCUGUCUGUUAGGUUGCAUUUUGACAGGCAGGGCUCACGUUCUUGGAAAUCUCGAUGAAUUCAUGACAGAGGUGCUUGCUUCACACAGCCUCGGAUGUAUUUUUGCGCCCUUCCAUUGUCCUGCUAAUGAGUUCAUUGUAAAACAAUGCUUUGUGAGAAUCCAUACGAGCCAACUGUUAGGAGCCUUAACAUAGACAACUAAGCACUGCAAAACACCUUCUUCUAGUUAAUUUCCGGCCUCUGUUGUAUCAGUACAGAAAAUACUUACUUUUGGUGUCACGAAACAUUGAUUCUCUUUAUUUAUUUAUAUAUUUAUCAUAUAUCCUACCUAGUUCAGUAUAUGCCUGUAUGUAUUACAAAAGUGUAGCAGCCUUCUAUUCUUAUUCUGUCAUUCAGUGUAAAGCCAGUUAUUUCAACUAAUUCUUCCAGCCAGGACUUGCCUUGUUCAGAGGCGGCAAGCAGAUUACAUCCAUGUGCACACUUACCAGCAUGCAUCGUAAAAGGGAACAAAUGUAUGCCAAGCAUAUGUUACAGAUGAUGAUUUACAAGUUACAAAAGAUGUCUGAAAUGUUUGAAGACAACGAACAACAAUUGCACUAAAAGAAAAUGGCGAGCAUUUGCUUUGUUUCGCCUAAUUGUGGAUGAAAAAAUAUGGGUCACAUAUGGUCCUACUAGGUAUAUGUACCCAAAAAUACACAGUGUUGCACUGUGGUCACCACAGAUCUUCCCGUGUACUGACAAGGCUUUCAAUGCAACACACUACGAGAUUGAUUUUUUCUCUACUCAGAGUCGAGCCGAAGCAAAGCAUAAUUCUGUGUUUUCAUGUUGAACUCCGCUUUGUCACUGAGAUCACGGGAUCUCUUCUAGCUGGAUGGCUUUUGUCUAAUGUGUGGUUGUGCAGAAGGUACUGCCUAAAGCAACCACAACAUUUCCAGUGAGCCAUAAUGGGAAGCCGCAACGCAUCAGUUGUGCCUUUUAGGUCAUCAGUGUAUAUACCUUUUCAUACACGUAGUUAGUUCAGGUCCAUAGGACUAUGAGGGCAUGCACAAGCUCCUCUAAAAACUUGCUCACAUAAUUUUAUGUUUUGUCAAUGAGUUGUGGGGCUCAUGGCUCAUAUAUUCACCAAGCCAUAGCACUGAGCACUUUGCACUCUUUCUGCUUCUCCAGAGAUAUCAUACAGUAGCUUCACUUCAUUGUAGAGAGAUCAACAAUGAUGUGAUCGAGAUGACUUGUGGCAAGCACACAUAUCUUUCACAUUUGCGUGCUUGGUGUAGGCUAGUCAUGUGCACAACUUGAGAUUUUCUAUGCAAAUUCAUAGUGCUUCUUGCUCUGCUAUUAUAUGUCAUAGGGGUGAAAUGGUGUCUCUUAGGUGGUUGCGUAUCCCUUUGAGCAUAUGACGUCAUGAUGCAAGAACGAUAUGUUGGUUGGUAGUUUGUUAUGGCCGAGCGGUCUGCCUGCCCGUUGAGAACGAAACAGGCUUGAGAAAAGUAGUUGUGAUGGGGGUACUCUAUGGCGAGGGGCAGAUCUAGAGGGGGGGUCCGGAUGUCCUGACCCCCUCCUCAAUUUCUGUCUACACAUAGUGUUUAAUUGACCGUUUAGAUCGCUAUCUAGCAUGCUGUCCAUGGCUGGACACCCUCCUCAGAAAAACCCUGGAUCUAUCCCUGUCUAUGGCUAAAUGAAUGCAAGGGUAGGCAAGACUGCACACUCGCUCAAGCUGAUGCCAAUGACCUUUCCAAGCAGCAAAUGAGUAUAGCCCAUUUAAGGGGCAUAACAUCUAAUUCUCUCCCUGCACUACACUGUGCUUGUAACGUAUCAUGGUCUGCUGCUGUAUGGCACAGCAUGAUUGCUGCAGGUCUACAAGUGCUAGCUCUCCAGGUUGUUAUGCACUCUUGCAAUAGCAAAUGCUCAUUAGGUAGAGUUCAGGGAAUGGAAUAUGGCACGACUAUCUGGGUUAUGUGCAUAUGUUUCUCUGAACUAUUCUUUGGAUUUAGCUGCAGUGCCACAAUGUCAGCAAAUGCUAAAAUCCUAAAGUAUAAACGAAUGGAUAAUGAGUGCAGAACAAUUGGCUAUGCAGGGGAUGCAAACAGAGUAGCUUGGAUGCAAGAUAUUAGCGUCCAACUUACUUGCUUUUCAAUUUUCUUCACCUGCAUGCCCUCUGCUGCAUACAUUACACGUAACAAAGGUGGCUUUAUGAAAGAUACCUCAUUUCGGUUGUUUACGUUCUCUUAUUGCAGGCUCAUGUGUGACAGAUCCAUUUCACUAACAUAGUUUUUGUACUUCUCUAGGAAUUAGAAUACUGAGAGUAUCUGAUAGCAUUAGAAUGGUGCUUAAACUUAUUUUGAUAUGUGAAGGUAACCAUAAGCAUUGAAGUACGAACACCUACCUGCAUCCGACAUGUUACAAGGCCUUUUUGCCUGUUUUGUGACCACUGUGUUAGAACAAUAAUAACCUAAUGUCAUUGAUGUUGACACAGUGUUCAUGCUCGUGAUCCACAACCACGUGAGAUGGGUUGGAAGGUAGGCUGUGAUAACGAAAUAAAGGCAGCCCAUGGUGGUGAAUUGUAAACUUUAAAUAUGCACUCCAUGCUUGCUAGAACAAACACAUCCUGCAAAACCACAGGGUAUUGGCCGACUGUUGUCAACGUCGCUUACUGUGAUAAUUACGUUAUGGUGAACGGAUGACUACAAGACUUGUUUGUGAAAUGGCAUUUUGUGGUAAUAUCUUCACAUAUUAAAAUAACACAUAGUUUCUUAGAUAUAAAUAUUACAGACAUAUAUAGCUAUAGUAUUAUUUACAAUCUAUAAAUGUCUUAGGAAUAUUUAUUAAGUGACACAGUGAUAACAUAAUUAAAUAAACUUGGAGUAGCACAAAGGAAAGCACUUCCAAUGGAACACUACAGACUCAAUACGAGCUAGAACUGCAAAUGAAUUACUGCAAUUAAUUUGAAAAUGAAGCUUUUAGAUAUCUAACUGACUAGUCGAAAAUAAAUUACGAAGUGAAAAGUCGUCAUGCAGGACAAAUUACUCAUACAGCAUAUCGCACAGGAGGAGCUGGAAUCUGUUUCUGUAGCACUGAAUUAUACAUAAAUAUUGUUAGUAUUUUGUCCAUGUACACACAACGAAAUGAAUGCACAGCUGUAGUGAUACAGCGAAAUGGCCUCUAUCUCAAGAGGAUUUGACCUGAACAUCACAUGCUUCGUAUGUCUGUUUGGCAUUAAACAGAGUGGAGCCACCGAAAGGAUGUUUAUAUUCUGAGAAAAAUAUGUUACGUAUCUCAAUACGAUGUUGGAACUGCAGUGACUUAGUUUACUAUGGCUACGUUUUGCUCAAUAUACGUAAUAUGUAAUUACUAUAUGCAACACCAGUGGCUUCAGAGCCGACCUGCACUUGCGUAUGUGAAACAUUAUCAUAGAGGAGAAAUAAUGCAACAUCACUUUAAUUCAGGUAGGUCGCCAACCUAAUGUAGCAAGAAAAAUCGUUGUCUGCUCCGCAAACAAAUAAACUACGAAACGUCUGUUAUAUUAUAACUGUGCAGUGCAGCCACAGUUGUGGCAGAAGUGAAGCGUGAAUGUCUCAAACUUAUGAUGGUAUAUUUUGAUCACUUCAUCCUACAUACAUUGUUCAAUGAUAUUGACACAAUUUCUUACUGUGUUAACCUGCUUGUGGUAUGGGGAUGAUUAUUGCGAAGCUGAAGCGAUUGAUAAGUUUGGACUUAGAAUUGCUUGAUUGAAUUAUACUACACAAAAUUCCAGCUGAAUAAAUUAUAUGGGUCAAGUAUCAAAAUGGCGUUGCACCACUUGACGUGUACUUCAAAAAAGUUAGCUUGGUCAAAUUCAAAUGAAGUGUCAGAACAGGCAGCGCAAAAAGGUGUAUUUGUUUCCCAAGCACUGAACCAAAAGCACAUAUCUGGACUGUAAUUUCCCCAAUAAAUGCAUAAUUGUGCCUGAUGCUUCCUACAGGUGCAUUCAAAGAAUAGGUAGGGAUUGACCCCAGAAACGCCGAUACCGAAGCACAUGUGAUUAAUGGAAGUAGUUUUCAGUAAGCGCAGUCUCAGCGUGGUGAGUGAGCAUGAACAAAUGUUGAAGUGUAGGCAGCUGCAACCCAUGCUCAAUCCUCAAUGUUUUGCCAUAUUUCUUAUUCUAAGUAUAAUAAUAGACUGAUGUCAAUUAUGUUUCAUGCUGGAUGCAAUUUGCACUGCAUACCAUGUACUAAGAAGCAUUUUGCAAGUUGCAAGGAAGGCUAUUAACACUUGAAAAUUGGAAACAAUUACUAGCAAAGUGUAAGGUACACGUUUGCAGAGUGUUUCAAUAACCAUGUAAAAAUAUUUUAAUGAAAAAGCACGCUAUACUGAAAAAUAUGCGUAUAAUUACAUCUGUAGAGA